CGACUACGCCUCCGGCGGCUUUGGGCCCAGCUCGGCUUCCGUCCCAGAUGAUCCCUCCCCAAGGGUGCCACCGCCUCCUCCAUCUCCCGCAGCUGUAGCCGCCUCCUCGGCCAGUGGCGUAGCCGGACUCCGGGUCGGGACCAGCCAGCGAGGGGCGGAGGUCCGGAGCCCGGUCUAGACCCGAGCGGGGGGCCAUGGAGAAAGCGGCCCGAGGCGCUCUCCACACCGACUAAGCGGGCCCGUCGCGGCUGCAGGCGCCAUGGACCGAACCCCAGCAGAGCAGAAUGUCAAGUUGUCAGCUGAGGUAGAGCCAUUUAUCCCCCAGAAGAAGAAUCCUGAUGCAUUUAUGAUCCCUAUGGCACUUCCUAAUGAUAAUGGAAAUGGUUCUGGUGUAGAACCAACUCCAAUUCCGAGCUACUUGAUUACUUGUUAUCCGUUUGUGCAGGAAAAUCAGUCUAAUAGACAGUUUCCGUUGUAUAACAAUGAUAUUCGAUGGCAACAGCCCAAUCCAAACCCUGCUGGACCAUACCUUGCCUACCCCAUUAUAUCUGCUCAGCCACCUGUUUCUACAGAGUAUACAUAUUAUCAGCUGAUGCCAGCACCGUGUGCCCAAGUUAUGGGUUUCUAUCAUCCUUUUCCUACACCAUACUCCAACACCUUUCAGGCUGCAAGUACUGUAAAUACUAUAACCACAGAAUGCGCUGAGCGUCCAAAUCAGCUUGGACAGGUCUUCCCAUUGUCCACUCAUCGAAGCAGAAACAGUAACAAAGGACCAGUGGUACCGAAACAACAACUUUUACAACAGCACAUAAAAAGCAAAAGGCCACUGGUGAAAAACGUAGCCACUCAGAAAGAGACAAAUGCAGCGGGUCCUGAUAAUCGAUCAAAAAUUGUGCUUCUGGUAGAUGCUUCACAGCAAACCGAUUUCCCGUCAGACAUCGCUAACAAGUCUCUUUCGGAGAGCUCUGCCACGAUGCUCUGGAAGUCCAAAGGCAGGCGGAGAAGAGCAUCCCACCCUACUGCCGAAUCCUCUAGUGAACAGGGGGCUAGUGAGGCUGACAUUGACAGUGAUAGUGGCUACUGCAGCCCCAAACACGGCAACAACCAGCCUACAGCAGGGGCUUUGCGAAAUCCUGAUUCCAGCACCAUGAAUCAUGUGGACUCAUCUAUAUGUGCAGGUGGUGUAAAUUGGUCCAAUGUAACUUGCCAGGCAACUCAGAAAAAACCUUGGAUGGAAAAAAAUCAGACAUUUUCUAGAGGUGGAAGGCAGACUGAACAAAGAAAUAAUUCACAGGUUGGAUUCAGAUGUCGAGGACACAGUACUUCCUCAGAAAGAAGACAGAAUUUGCAAAAGAGACAAGAUAAUAAGCAGUUAAACCCCAGUCAGUCUCACAGAGGCGACCCAAAUUCUGAGUCUUUAUAUUUGGAGGAUGAAGAUGGGUUUCGAGAAUUAAAUGAGAAUGGAAAUACUAAAGAAGAGAAUAUUCAACAGAAACUUUCUUCAAAAGUAUUGGAUGACUUACCUGAAAACUCACCAAUCAACAUAGUUCAGACCCCAAUUCCUAUUACAACCUGCGUUCCUAAACGUGCAAAAAGUCAGAAGAAGAAAGCUUUAGCAGCGGCCCUUGCCACAGCUCAAGAAUAUUCAGAAAUAAGUAUGGAGCAAAAAAAAUUACAGGAAGCUUUAUCAAAGGCAGCUGGAAAAAAGAAUAAAACACCCGUGCAGCUAGAUUUGGGGGACAUGUUAGCAGCUCUGGAAAAACAACAACAAGCGAUGAAAGCACGGCAGAUAACUAACACCAGACCACUGGCAUACACAGUGGUCACUGCAGCUUCUUUUCACACUAAAGACUCUACUAACAGAAAACCUUUAACCAAAAGUCAGCCCUGUUUGACAUCAUUUAAUUCUUUGGACAUCACUUCCUCUAAAGCAAAAAAAGGAAAAGAGAAGGAAAUUGCAAAAUUAAAACGGCCCACAGCACUUAAAAAGGUUAUUUUGAAAGAAAGAGAGGAAAAGAAGGGCCGUUUAACUGUGGACCACAAUCUUUUGGGAUCUGAGGAACCAGUAGACAUGCACUUAGAUUUUACGGAUGAUUUGCCACAGGAGAUCGUUUCCCAGGAAGAUACUGGACUGAGCAUGCCCAGUGAUACUUCGCUGUCUCCCGCAAGUCAGAACUCUCCGUACUGUAUGACACCUGUGUCACAAGGCUCUCCAGCUAGUUCUGGGAUAGGCAGUCCCAUGGCGUCUUCAACAAUAACCAAAAUCCACAGCAAACGAUUUCGAGAGUAUUGUAACCAGGUUCUUUGUAAAGAGAUUGAUGAGUGUGUGACUCUUCUUCUUCAAGAGCUUGUCAGUUUCCAGGAGCGCAUCUACCAGAAGGACCCUGCGCGAGCCAAAGCAAGGAGACGCCUGGUUAUGGGCCUACGGGAAGUUACGAAACAUAUGAAGUUAAACAAGAUCAAGUGUGUUAUAAUUUCUCCAAAUUGUGAAAAAAUCCAGUCAAAAGGUGGCCUGGAUGAGGCUCUCUAUAAUGUUAUAGCCAUGGCACGAGAACAAGAAAUUCCUUUUGUGUUUGCCCUUGGAAGAAAAGCUCUGGGACGCUGUGUGAACAAGCUGGUUCCCGUUAGUGUAGUGGGAAUCUUCAACUACUCUGGUGCUGAGAGCCUGUUUAAUCAGUUAGUGGAACUCACUGAGGAAGCCAGGAAAGCAUAUAAAGAUAUGGUUGCUGCAAUGGAGCAAGAGCAGGCGGAGGAAGCCUUAAAGAACGUGAAAAAGGUGCCACACCACAUGGGCCAUUCUCGGAAUCCCUCUGCAGCAAGUGCCAUUUCUUUCUGCAGUGUUAUUUCUGAACCCAUCUCUGAAGUAAAUGAAAAGGAAUAUGAAACAAAUUGGAGAAGCAUGGUAGAAACUUCAGAUGGCCUGGAAACAUCAGAAAAUGAGAGAGAGGUUUCCUAUAAACACAGCACGUCUGAAAAACCCAGUAAACUUCCAUGUGACACCGCCCCUGCCGAUAAGCAGCCAUCAUUAGUGGCCGCAGGCAGCACUACCUCAGCUACAAACCCUGGGAAACCCGUGAGUGAUAAAGAGGAAGUGAAGCCAGACGACCUGGAGUGGGCCUCACAGCAGAGCACCGAGACCGGCUCUUUGGAUGGCAGUUGCCGAGAUCUUUUGAAUUCCUCCAUCACUAGCACGACCAGCACGCUUGUUCCUGGCAUGCUUGAAGAAGAGGAUGAUGAAGAUGAGGAGGAGGAGGAAGACUAUACUCACGAACCCAUAUCUGUAGAAGUACAGCUCAAUAGUAGAAUUGAGUCUUGGGUCUCUGAGACCCAGAGAACCAUGGAAACUCUUCAGCUUGGGAAAACCCUCAAUGGUUCCGAGGAAGACAAUGCAGAGCAGAGUGGGGAAGAGGAAGCAGAGGUGCCCGAGGUGCUGGAGCCAGGGAUGGACAGUGAGGCCUGGACUGCUGACCACCAAGCAGGCCUGGGGCCGCAGAAGCCCAGCAAGUGCAGCUCUCUGCACAACGAGCACUCCGAUUCCAAUCAUUCGCCCCCAAAUCUUUAACUCAGGAAAUGCCAGCUUUCUGUCUCCAGCUGUGUAAGGGUUACAGCCAUGAUCUCUUACGCUUUAUAUCAACAUUUUGCACUGUCCAGUAUUUAAUACAUGCGUUUCAUCCCUGACAACAUUUUUGUAGCUGUCUUUUACUUGUUUUGUUAUGAUCUAUAGCUUAGCUUUUAAUUAGCAUUGAAGUGUCUUUCUAAGAACUGUGUGGAAAAUAUAGAAUUGUUUCAGCUUGUUACGGAAAAUAAUGAUUAAGAAAAGAACAAGACCACGUUUCAAAGGCAAUAAAUCUAACAUACCUAUUUAAAGUCAUUUUGAAAGUUGAAGAUCAAGGUUCUAAGGAGAGGAGCGGUAAUCCAUGUUUGCUUCAAGACCGCUCCCUUCACUAAUGUGUCUGGCCAAAAAGUUGUUUGGGCUUCUUCAAAAAAGAACUGGCGGUAGAGUUAGAAAGCUAAAAAAAAAAGGCCCAGCUUAACAGUCUACAAAGUGUUUUGUGUUAAAAAUUGAUGCAACUUUUAUUUGGUCCAUAAAUGCUUGUUUCAGAAGUCACUAAUCAUUGUAAUCGACAAAACUUGGGAUGAGUAAAAACAGAGCCUCUGAUACUUAGGGUGGCAAAGGAGCCACCAUGAUAGAUUAGAGCUGGCCUUAUUUGUAGAAAGUGAUAAAUAUUGUCUUCAAUAGUGCAAAGUCACCCAUGAUAGGACCUUCAGGUUCUGUCUCCUAUUUGCUUCUUACCUCAGGAAUGCUUUUGUACAUAGUCAUAUUUACAUAAAGUUAGGCAAAAUUUGACAUUAAAUAACUGUAACUGAUUGUAUGACUGCAGCACUUACAUGUAAGCUAUCAAGAAACAAAGUUAUACCGAUGUGUUCUCUUGCAUGCUUCUGAUUCAGGACCCUCUGAAUUUGAGAUAUGGAUUUGUUAGGCAGUCCGCACUUACCCUGAGUGAACAACCAUUUCACCUUUUAAAAAUAUAUAUAUUUUGCCCCUAGCCUCAAGCUCUUGCUGUGUAACACUAACCAUAGUUACUGAUAGGAGGUCAGGGAAAGGAACUUGACACAACUUACAUCGUGUAUCUUGGUGGUCAAGGCCUGGAAGAGGAAGUUUUGAAGAAAAGAGAAAGUUGUUCUAAUUGUGCUGAAACUAUUAGAUGAUUUAGCGUAUGCAGAUAUACACAGGUAUUAAUUCUUGGUCACUAUUAUUUAUCUCUACCCUUCUCUAGGAAUGUGUAUACCUGCUUGGGAGAAAUUAAACUUACUGAGCUAAAUGUUUUAUUUGCUAGUCAGUCACCACCUGGUAGUGGGUGACCUUUACAAGUGUGUAUAAUGAUGACAGAAUUACAAACUACCUAUUAUUCUGCUUCCCUCUAACUGACCAACACACACGCAUGUGCGCGCACGCACACACACGUACACCCAGCUUUACACUUACAAGCUCCCAUAAGCAGGCACUGAACCGAGGAGGGAGGGGUAUUUUCCCUGCCCAGGUUUUAUGGGUCAGGCUUUGCCUCACUGAGGCAGGCGGGAAGAAUUGGACAGAUUCUUUGCUGAACUCAUUGGGACUACUGUGCUAGUUUUGAUGUUUUCUAAUGUUGGUAUUUAAUUACUGGAGAGAUCAAAUUCUUGGUUGAUGGUUUAGAAUUUGUGAAUUGUGAGAGCUUAGGAGCAUUGCUGUGUAGAAAAUGUCAGUCUGUCCACUCUCUUAGUGUGCUAAAAGGGGAUGUCAUUGUACGGUCCUGUCUAGCCUGAUUUAGUCACCAAGUAUCCAGUACUUACAGGAACACAGCAUGUAAGGAAUGAAGCCCCUGACAUUGUAAUCGUGGAUUUAUAUGUGGCAGAUCUUACCAUCUACACAUUUGGAAGUGUCAGCUGAUUUGAAGAAAUGAUAGAGUUUUUGAACUACUGACAAUCUUGAAAGUGAAUUUAAAAGCUUUUCAUACUUUUUAAUGGUGUAAAUUUCCUUCGCUCGGUGUCAGUGAUUCAGCGACUCUUGAUCUUGAUUGAGGUAAUGGCUUUUCAAAGAUUUCGUAUAUUUUAUAUCUCUUCUGAAUAAGAAUUGUCAUUUUAGAUUUUUGACAUUUGUAUUAAAAGAGAAGUUGAGGAAACCUUGCAAACACCAGUAACUUCUCCUUUUGCUAUAGACUUUAGAAGUAUUCAAUUAUGUGUUCGAUAAAUUCUCUUGCAUGUGCAGCAUCUUCUGCCAGCAAACGGAAGGGACCACAGCCUUUUUUAUAUGAGACAGGUCACCUCUAGAGGACACCCCAAAAUUUAUUAAAGGAAAUGCUACUAUAUUGAAAGUAUCUUCAAGUGUGAAUAAUGUCUUUAUAAUUUGUUUCCUUUAAAUAAAUUCUGGAAUUUGUGUAUAUUAUAUACAGGAGAAGGUGUGAAAAUUAGGGAAGAGGAAGUGGAUAUUUUUUUUUUGGAUCUUGGGUGAGUGGCUCUUGGGAAACCUGGAGAGAGAUCUAAUGGUGAGAGUAUUGGUUUGUCAUCACAAGAAAUAAAACCAUAGUGAUUUUUUUUCUAGUAUGUAGAGGUUUUACUGGCAAUAAUUAAUAUUAGAUUUCUAUUCAAUACAUAAGUGUAUGAAUUACAGUAUGAAUUGCACUCCCAAACCUAGAUUUCUGCUUUAGUAGGUUCGUUUGCUGUGAAGAUUACUUCUCAAAAGACAAAUGUUCAUAUUAAUUUUUGGCUUAAAUAUGUUUGUAAAUGAUGUAAUAUAUUUCUUUUGACUAAACAUGGGAAAAGAAUCUGAUACACAUUGAAAAGUUUUUAGAGGCCUUGACUGGAGGUCAUUUUUGCUGAGAUGGUAUUUUAUAUGCUUCCAGUAUUUGGAAAAGAAUUAGUCAAAAGGAAUUCACAUAGUUUAAAUAUGGAGAAAUUAAUAUCCAAAUAAUGUACUUGUCUGAUUUCUUAAUAAGCCGGGGGAGGUGGGAGGAGGGGUGAUAAUUGUAAUGUGCAAAUGAGUAGUGAAUUCUGCACUUAUUUUUCAGCUCUUUAACAUAAAGCUGUUGAAUCUUAACACAUCGUUCCUUUAAUAUAUGUAUAAAGAAGUAUUUCUGUUGGUAAAGCUGCUGUUUGCUUUAAAAAAAACACCUUUCAUUAAGUAUUUUCUGUAUGUUGUGCCAACAGGUUAGAACAUUAACUUAUCCAUUUAAAAACUUUCUUUUUUUGAUUUAAAAUUUUUUCUGUGAAAUAAUUUAUUUAUAGACAUCUUCCUUCUCUUGUGCCCCUUCCAACCUUUACAGAAAUCACAGAAUCAACCAAACUGUUUGCCUGAUUGGCUAUCAGAAUCCUAAUUAAUCAUAAAAAUGUAAACUUUGUUGGCACAUCACUCCUUAAAAGUACGUGUUAUUUUGUAAUUUAAUUUCUAAAUAUAUCACAUAAAUAUAUAAUUUAAUGUCUUAAUUGUAAUGCUCUAAUAAAAAAACUAGAAAAAAUAGUACAAAUUAUAACAUGAAGGGAUUUUCACCUUGUUAGUUCUUUUGCUGUAUGAAGGAUAAUUGUUAUAUCACAUUUUAGGAGUAAUAACAGCUUUUUUUGCACUAUGUAAAUACUAGUGAAGAUCCUUCUGUAACUAAUAAAAUGAUUAUUGAAAUG